AUGCAAAUUUCUAAUUCCUUAGGAUCUUUGAAAAGCUUGAGAUACCUUGACCUCUCUUGGUCAAUUUUCAAUGCAACGAUUCCUCAUAAUCUGGGAAAUCUUUCAAGGUUGCAGUAUCUCAACCUUAGCUAUAAUUAUUUACCUGGUCCAAUUCCUGAUACACUUGGAAGGUUGACCUCUCUCACAGUCCUUGACCUUUCAAGUAACAACUUCAAUGAUUCAAUGUCGUAUUCUUUGUGUAACCUGAGCAGUCUUGUCCAUAUAGAUCUUAGUUAUAAUAGCCUUAGAGGUGCAAUCCCCCAUUGCCUUGGGAAUCUUGCUUCUCUUUCCAUCCUCAGGUUGAAUGCAAAUUAUUAUCUUCAAGGUCCAAUUCCAAACUUGGAUCUUUCCAACAACCAGAUCAAAGGAAAGGUGCUGACAUUUCAAAAAUGUAAAUAUAGAGGGCCCACUAAAUCGUUACAAUUGAGUUCUAACAGAUUUGAGGGCCCACUAACACCGCUUCCUUCAUAUGUUGAUCUCUUAGAUCUCUCCAACAACUCCCUUUCAGGACCUAUUACUGUGAGUGAUGAUAAUGCAUUCACAUCUCUUGGUCUCUCAAAUAACCAUUUGACUGGUGUCAUUUCAGUGUCUUUGUGCAAGGCAAAGAAUAUAGAUCUUAUUGAUUUCUCAAACAAUCAGUUAUCAGGAAAAAUUCCUCCUUGCUUGGGGCAGUUGAAUCAAUUGUCGGUGCUAGAUUUGACGAAUAAUAGUCUAUAUGGUGAAAUUCCAAGUUCUUUGGGUUCCCUACAAUCUCUCAAUUCCUUGCACUUGCGUAACAAUAAUUUUUUCGGGAAGCUUCCUUUGUCCUUACAGAAUUUGACAAAUCUUUUCACCAUUGAUCUAGGUGAAAAUGUGUUCACUGAUAAUAUCCCUUCAUGGAUUGGAUAUAACCUAACUAAUCUUAAAUUUCUCAAUCUUCAAUCAAAUAAUUUCUAUGGUGAUAUUCCUCCACAACUCUGUUGUCUCCAAAAUUUGCAAUUGUUGAACUUGGCACAAAAUAACAUAACGGGAAAUAUCCCUCGUUGUUUUGGCAACUUCACUGCCAUGGUUGACCUACAUCGUGGGCACUUUUCUUAUCGAUUUAAUUAUUCUAUUGAAGCAAAUUAUGAAGAGAACAUUUUGGAUUCAAUGAAAGGAAGAGAACUGGAAUACACCAAGACACUCAAAUUUCUCGUCUCCAUGGACCUUUCGAACAAUGGCAUUGUUGGAGAGAUUCCAGAAGAGUUAAUGGAUCUUUCUGGGUUGCUGAACUUGAAUUUAUCUGGAAAUCAUCUAAAAGGAAGGAUCCCUAAUAGUAUUGGCAAUUUGACACAAUUGGAAUCUCUUGAUUUGUCUCGAAACAAACUUUCUGGCCCCAUUCCUUCAAGUCUGUCCAGUUUACGCUACCUAAGUUAUUUGAACAUGUCAUUCAAUAAUUUAUCAGGGCGAAUACCAACGGGAAAUCAACUUCGAACUCUCGACGAUCCUUCCAUUUAUAUAGGCAACGAUGAUGGCCUUUGUGGUGCACCACUAAACAGCUGCCUCGAUGAUAAAUCAUCGGAUGGUGAUCACAAACAUGGUGAUGAGGGUAAAGUUGCAGAUGAAACUGAUUUUUUGUGGUUCUAUGCUGGCAUUGGACCUGGUUUCUCGGUUGGGUUUUUGGGGGUCUGUGGCACUUUGAAUUUCAAGAAGUCUUGGAGGUAUGCGUACUUCCAGUUCAUCGAAAACAACUACAAUUGGAUAUUAGUAACCAUAGCAAUCAAAUUCGCUCAGCUAAAGAAGAAAUUCAACGAAAAAAAAUUUGGAAGAUGAAUACAUCUCCCAAUUGGUUUGUCUCUCUCUCUCUCUCUCUCUCUCUCUCUCUCUCUCUCUCUCAUAUCAUGUACAUACAUUACCUCUUUAUCUUGUGAUAAUUUCGACGUGUACAUCAAAUUUCCAUCUUCAUACCCCAUGAUUUUUCUUGCAUGAAUCUUUUGAAUUUUUUUCAUUUCCUUACCAUCAUUAACAUAACAAUGCUAAUCAUGUUAAUGAUUUUUGGAAUAUCAUCACGACUUGAAGAAUAACCAUUCAUAUUUUGAAGUGGAGGUAGUGAUAUUUCCAGAUUAUCAUCAAAACAUGUCUUACAUUCAAGAUCAUACAGUAAAGUGUACAGAUUAAUUUCCACCUAAUUUCUUUACCAAAAGAGCCAAAAUUCUUUGUCACAUGCUUAAAAACAUUGAAACAAAUGCAAGUUUGCUGUUUUACAUUUCUCAAAUAAUUUUUCAAAAGUCAUUUGUUGCAUUAUUUCAG